GGCAGGAAGGGGUGGGCGUCGGAGGGACAUACGUCUGUGACGUCAUGAGGCGGCCCGGCCAGUUGUACCGCGAGCGAGCUAUGCCUGUGGAUGACGUCAUCGAAGCGAGACGUAGUUUGCAGAGCCCGAGUGGGUGCGCAUGCGUAACAGACUGUUUUCGCCACCUGGAGCUGUGUAGGCUGCUAGACUGUUUCGUGCAGACGGGUGUUUCAGUGCUGUGGCGGGGCGCAGGGGCCUUGUCGCCUAUCCCACAGCCGGCAGGAAAUCGGAAAUUGAGCCCGCGUACCUGCAGCGGAAGUGGAAACAUUGAGGGAGAACUCUGCGUCAGAUACCAAGUCAAAGUCACUGCCGUCUUGGGUGUGAGGCUCAAGUGUCUGGAGCUGAGAUGCGACCUGGGAAAGGAACUGGCUAGCUAAGGAGGCCAUGCUUGAAGCUGCUUCUUGAUCUCAUGUCAACACCAAGUCCCCAGCUGCUGGUGGCAGCUGCUCAGCAGACCCUGGGCAUGGGAAAGAGAAAGUGUCCGUCCAGAGCCGUCUGCCUUCACUUAGCUGGAGAGGUGCUAGCUGUGUCCCGAGGGCUGAAGCCAGCUGUGCUUUAUGACUACAGCUGUGCCGGAGCAUUGGCACUCCAGAGAUAUCUGGAGGAGCUGCAGAGGCUGGGUCUCCUCAACCUGAGACUUCACGUUCUUGAGAUUGGAGAGAAUAGCCUCAUUGUUAGUGCCAAGCAUGCAUGUCAGCGCUUGGAGCAAGUGCUACAUGGUACUAUAGCAUUGGUGGAUGUCUCCAGCUCCCAGCCACACCCUUCCCUCUGUUCCCUGAACCAGCUUCGGGACCUGAAGGUCUUCAUGACUGAGAUCACUGUGCAUUUACAGGAGCUGCAGAGAGACCUAUCUCUAGGAGUCUCUCUCAGCAGGCUCCGUUCCUCAGACUGGAAUCUCUGUACUGUAUUUGGGCUCCUUCUGGGCUAUCCUGUCUCAUAUACUUUUCACCAGAACCAGGGAAAUGACAACUGCUUGACCCUGGCCCCACUGCGUGUGUUCACUGCCCGAACCUCGUGGCUGACAAGUCAGCCCCCAGUCUUGCUGUAUUCUUUUAGUGUUCCAGAGAGCUUGUUCCCAGCCUUGAAGGACAUUCUAAAUGCCUGGGAGAAGGACCUCAGAACCCGAUUUAGGAGUCAGAAUGACUUUGCUGACCUCAGCAUCUCCUCUGAAAUAGUCACACUGCCAACAGUGGCCCUCUGACUUUAACCCUCCUCUCAUAUGAAAGGUCUCUGCUGUCCUGACCCCACCCAGAGCCAGGUCCUGGCGGUGCUCAGAGAACAUUAGACACAGAUGUGGUCCUUCACUUGUGAUUCAGUUGAGUGCUUCGUACGGAAGGACAGACUGCUGAACCAAAGAGACCCCAACGCAGAAGGAGGUGGCAAGCAGUGCUUUCUCCAAGCUAUGACUCACUGCAUAGGAGGAGCGGCUUGCAUGGUGACUACUGAUGACCCCAGAGCCCUCCAGAGAGAAAUGCAUCAGUGGAACAGAGCAGUGGACAUGGCAGACUGCAGUGACUGAGCACUCUUUAAUAACUGGCGAAAGUGACUGGUGAGCGUUCCUGGUACCUGCAUGGCAGCUUCCAGAAGAGCUGAUGAUGUGGCCCCAGGUGCGGCCUCGCCAGUUCCUCUCUGAGGAAAAUCUUCAGCAUGGAUUGCCACGGUCUAGCUCCCAGGAUCCCAAGACAGCUGCUACAACUUCAGACACCACAUUCAAGAGGACAGCACCCAGUGGAAGAAGAUAGACUUUCUUUCUUUCCCUCCCUCCCUCCCUUCCUUCCUUCCAUCCUUUUUAUCAGUAAGCAAAUGUUUCCCACAAUGAACAAGAGACCUUUGUUUUGGACUGGGCAGCAGCAUCGGGCCCCAACAGACUAAGCUAAAAAUCAAAAUGGAGUUGCUUGUGGUAGAGUUCCACGUCCUGAACUGAAACUGAGCUGCUUAUCUUGUCCCCAAGAAAUCAGGAUUAGAGAGAUAAUGGUCCUAUUUCCCAAACAGGCCAGUUCCAGUUGGCACGAUGAUGAUACUUUCUCUGCUUCCAUCCUGUCUCCCAAGAGGUGAUCAGAAAUAGCCUGAGGUUAACUCAUCAGUUAUUUUGCUAGUGUUGUCUUCCUGCCUUACAGGGACAGUAACUUGGAGAUGACCAGUCUGCUUUAUCCAUUUGUUUCUGCUGUUUUUAGCCCUGUUCUGUCUGUAAAACCAUCCUGUCUUCUCAGCCCAUCAGAACACGGUCUGUUUUGUGGAAUGAAGUGCUGCCAGAUUCCACCAUUGAAAAUGGAGUCAGUUAAGAUCUUUAAAUUGUUCUAAUUCUGUCUCUUGACACCUGGGGUGACCCCAGUGAUUCUUCCCCGUGGACAGAACUGGGUCACACGCCCCUCCUUAUGACCACUCGCGAAGGAAAGUCUUAGCAUCACAUGCUUGGGCCAUGAGUCUCAAAGAUACUCCUUAAAACCAGCGGUAGCAAGACCUGAGAACUUCUUACAGAUGCAGUUUAUUGGGUUCUACCCCAAUCUGUUGAAUCAGAAAUUCUAGAUGGAAGGGCCAGCAAUCUGUGUUUUAAAACAUUCUCUAUGUGAAACUGAAGCACACUUAAGAUUGUGAACCACUGGUACAAUAUUUAGGAAUGUUUACAUCCUCUUAAAUUUCAUGUUGAAAUCUAAUCCACAGUGAAAUGGCAUCAAUAGGUGGAACCCUUGGGAAAUGGUUGGAUUGUGAUGAAUAGGAUUAGCUCCCUGGGAAGCAAGGCUGGAAGGAACUUACGUGUGUGGAUACAAGUAGAUGGAACUGCAAGUGACCCAGAGAACAAAACCCCACCAGGUACAAACCUGAUGCAGCCUGCACUGUGGGCUCCCCAGCCUCUAGGGUGUGAUAUAUGAGAUGCUGUUGUUUACAGUCCCCCCAGCUAAGAUAUUUUGUUGUAACAGCCCAGACAGACCACGGCAACUGGCAGAAGUGAGUCAGGAUUUAUCUCUGAGCCAGAGAUAGAGCAGCUUUCCUGAGGACUGGGAAGAUACUUGAAACCUUUUAGCAAGAAGGUGGUCAUGUGAAUCUUCUCAGACUACCCUAGCAGCGAUACAGGCUAGGACUCGUGCCAACCGCAGAAACUGGUUCUCUUAUGGAACUCCAGAGGCGCAGAGCCCAAGGCCAAGGUGCAGGACCAUGUAGUGUCAGACGAGCUGUUUCCUCACCACAUCCUCAUGCAGCAGUAGAGAGGAAAGUGAGGAGAAGGGAAGAGACAGAGGGAGGACUCCAAGGAGUUCUGCUCAUCACUGGGUUAAGAACACCGCCUCUGUGACCUGGCCCUGCCCACCCCUCCCCUCCACUGAGUCCCUGCCUCAGUCUCACUGCUACACCCAUUCCAGGGGGUGGGCGGGGCCACGCUGUUUCCUGCCGCGGUACUUUUGUGCUCCUUCUUCCUCUUCCUGGUUUCCAUUGUUGUCUGGGCCUCCAGCCCGAGCCCUCCUCCCUUCCGAUGUUAGUAAAAACGAUAUUAAACUUUAAGUGUAGAGAGGGACUAAUAGAAUUUUAGACUUUCUUAAGGUGCUUACUUCCUGUCUUUUCUGAGGUAACAAGAAAAAUUUUCAGAAGUAAUUUUGGGGCCCCACAGAGUGUAGGGGUGCAUGUUUGUAAUCCUGGUUACUCAGGAAGCUCUAGGCGAACUGCAGCAAUUUGGCAAAAACCUAUUUGAAAAAAAUAAAAUGGAAAAGUUUGGGGAUGCAUCUUAGUGCUAACACUUUCUGGCACGUAUAAGACCAUUGGUUCAAUACUUAGUAAACGUGUGCACACACACACACACACACACUGGUUCCCUUACUUUUCUGCUUUCUUAAAUGCUUAGCUGGCCCUGAGAAAUCUGGCCCCGAAUCUUUUUUUUUUUUUUAACUUUUUAUUGAGUUUAUUGGUACAAUCU